CUGCCUCUCUGGCUGGCUGCUCUCCAGCCGGCGCUGCUUCUCCGCCGCCGAGCGGCGUUCAACUCUCUGCGAGGGUAGGCAGGCGCCCGGCGCCGGGAUGGAGGCGAUCCCGCCUUAGCGAGGGGGCUUCAGGCAGCCUCAGGCGGCAUGUGCUGGAAUUCUGAUUGUCUCUGAAUCUCCAUGGCAACAGCCCAGGCCUCUCAUAUGACCUGUGACCCCAGCCAUUGUCUCUUUGAUCCUUACUCUUUGGAUUCGGAGCCGGACACCGACUGCAGCAUGGGCAGCGUGGGCAGCCUUGUUGAAAAACAGGAUUUCUCACCGGCAGCACCGGGGGGUCUGCGAGGGAUGCGCCAGCCAGAUGGGUUGCUUCGGAAAGGAAUGUCCCAGCGUGAAGUCUUUGGCUACUUGCAUGGGGGCAAACGGGAUGCUCGGGCAGAAAAGAAGCACCAGUCAUCAGGUGGGGGCUUUAAACGGGACUAUGAGAGCGACCGGGAAAACCAAUCUCCAGAGCGAUACUUCCGGGAUAAUCAACGGGGAGCAGAUUUUUCCAAGAGUUCCUUGCCUGAACGUGGACGCUUUGACAAGUGUCGGAUCAGGCCCUCAGCUUUCAAAGUGGUGUCUGGGAAAAGCAUGUUGUCCAUGCAAGGCCUGUCAUCAGCUAAAGGGCAGAAGCUUUCAAAGAGCAAUGGGAGUCUCCACACACUCUUGACGCAGAGCAGCACUAGCAGCUCCUCACAACGUGGUCCCCUGCGCAGCCACCUGCUGCAUACCAUCAGCCUGGAUGAGGGCAGCAAUUCCAUCCAAAGUUUUCCCACCUACAACUCCCGAUUCAAACCUCCUCCAAACCAGCUCAGUGCUUCCAUAGGCCACAUCAACCACAUUGGUGGUUCCUUAGAUCGGGCCUCUCGGGGGCCACGUGAUCCCUUAGCUGUAGAGAAAGCACCACUCUCCUGCAAGAGCCUGAGCCGGCUACAGAGCUCUGGGGAGCCACCUCCACCAUAUGAGCCCACAUACUCCUUGGAAGAUGUGGUGAAGCAGCUUGAGGACCGGCUGAGUGAGAAAGGCAUGGAGCUCCGCCAGCUUAAAAGAAACCUGAGUGAGAAUGAUGACCCCUUCACACAGAUGUUUGAGGACAAACAGCGUUUGUGGAUGGAUGAGCUGGAUGAGCUGAAGCAGAUGUACCUGGCCAAGCUGCAGCAGGUCAUGCAACAGGCCCAACGCAGCCAGCGGGCUCUUCAGCUACAACUCUACAAAGCACAACAGGAGAAGAAGCGGCUGCAAGAAGAUCUGGAUCUUCAGCAGAGCCAGUGUGAGGAGCUAAGGCUGCAACAGCAGCAGGCAGAACGCCUGAGCCCAAAACUGGAGGAGACCAAAUGGGAGGUCUGUCAGAAGACUGCAGAGAUUUCACUGCUUAAGCAACAGCUCCGCGAUAAUCAGGAGGAAAUGGCCCAAAAGCUGGGUGAAAUUUUCAGUUUGAAAACACAGCUGCGAGAUGCCCGAACAGAGUUGCAAGCCAAGGACUCACAACUGGCACAACUGGGGGACUCUUUUCAACCCUUGCCAGAGCAUGGUUCCCCUGUUCCUCCAAGGGACUCCCCUAUGCAGCCAUGUCAGGACUUCUUGGGUUGUGAAACAGAUGACUCUAAAUGUCGGGAAAGGCAGGGGGAGAAUGCAGAGGGUGCUGACUGGCUAUGGGCAGAAUUGUUACGAGAGAGGCGCCAGGCCCAGCUCCAAGCAGCAAACUUUGAGCAAGAGCGAAAAACCUGGCAAGAAGAGAAAGAGAAGGUUCUGCGCUAUCAGCGAGAGAUUCAAGCCAGCUAUAUGGAGAUGUACCACCGGAAUCAGGCUCUGGAAAGGCAGCUGUGUGAAUUCCGGCAGUUCCAUCCUGAGCCCAGAGGUAUCAACUCAGAAUCACCUUGGAUUGAGAGAGUUGAGUCCUCAAAGAUCUGAACAGUAUGUGUGAGAGAGGCCCUGUGCUCUGGAAUUACAGAGAGUCAGAGGCAAUACACUGCAACAUGGACCACAGGAUUUGGUAGAGGAAAUGGCUACGAGGCUUGUUAACAUGGUUCUCUUGUAAUAACUUAUAGUAGUUUGCAGACUGUAGCCAUUCAUGAAACAGAAUCUUAACAUUACAUCUGGCAUUUUCUGUUUGGUCAGGUGGGCUGUUGUCUAUCUGUCACAGUUUUCCUGGAGGGCAGAUUGCUUUCCUGUUGUGUCCUGUUUCGUGACCACAUUGGCUUUGUCUAUCAGGAUGGAUAGACUUAUUAUUAGGGAAUGUGAAUAACAUGACUGGGAGCUACAACUACUUCAGAUAAGAUCUUAUGGGGGAAACUAAUAGAAUAUUGUUUUACUUAGUUGGGCUGGGAUUUUGUCCAUUCCAUUCUAUUGUUGCUGGAAAAGGAAGACCGACAACAACCCACCUUGGCCUGAGCCCUGUCCUGUAGGAUUUCCCUCCAUCCAUGUGGCUUCUCUUCAAGCUGUGCAAGGUUUUGAAGCUCUAGCUGUAACACAGUUGUUUGUGUUUGGCUCCAGAAUGCGUAAGAAAAUGAAUCCUAAGCAUCACCCCACUGGUUUCCGAGACAAAAAACACAACCCUAGCUGAGCACAGCCAUCUCAAAAGGCAUACGGCUGAGAUGGGCUUGCUUCUCCAUAGUUUGAUGGGACAGCAGAGAUGGAGCUCUGGGCACUACUGAGUUUUAUGUUUUUGCAGUUUGGUGCCCCAGUUCUAGAUUUGAAGGUUCUGGCCAGAGCCCUGCAGGAGGAAAUGUUCUGUCUGGCAAUUCCUAGAAUAAAGUAUCUUCCUGACAUUUCUGGUUCCAAGGCUGUUGCUUUUUCUUCCCACUGUGGAAUUGUUUUUACUGGUCCUAGUAUUGUAAACCAUAGUAUUCAUACUGUAAUGUUAUUCCAAUAGAUAACAGUUAAUGUGAAAUUGCUGUAAAAUCA